AUGGGAAUGAGGUUAUCAGGUGGGAAAACCAGUGGCCAGGUGGCCCUGCCAGCCCUGUCACCCACCAUGCAGAUGGGAACCAUCGCUCGCUGGGAGAAGAAGGAGGGCGACAAGAUCAGUGAAGGGGAGCUCAUAGCAGAGGUGGAGACAGACAAAGCAACAGUUGGCUUUGAGAGCCUGGAGGAAUGUUACCUGGCCAAGAUCCUGGUGCCAGAAGGGACACGGGAUGUUCCUAUUGGGGCCAUCAUAUGUAUCACAGUGGAAAAGCCUGAGCAUGUUGAUGCCUUUAAAAAUUACACUCUGGAUGCUGCAGCCUCAGCCCCCCCUGCAGCCUCAGUGCCUCCCCCUCAAGCUUCAGCUCCCUCCCCACCAGCUCAGCCUUCUCCUCAGGCUCCUGGCAGCUCUUACCCUCCCCACAUGCAGAUCACACUCCCUGCCCUGUCACCCACCAUGACAAUGGGCACAGUGCAGAGGUGGGAGAAGAAGGUCGGGGAGAAGCUGAAUGAGGGAGAUUUACUGGCAGAGAUCGAGACAGAUAAGGCCACAAUAGGCUUUGAAGUGCAGGAGGAAGGCUACUUGGCUAAAAUCUUGGUGCCUGAAGGAACAAGAGAUGUGCCACUAGGAACAGCUCUCUGCAUCAUUGUGGAGAAGGAGUCAGAUAUUCCAGCCUUUGCUGACUACCAGGCCACUGUGGUAACUGACAUCAAGGCACAACCUCCUCCUCCACCACCACCAGUGGUGGCAACUCCAGCUGCUCCUCCUCCUCCCCAGCCUGCUGUUCCCUCCACUCCAGCAGUCCCCACAGCUGGGCCACCUGCCCACAAAGGAAGGAUCCUGGUUAGUCCCCUGGCAAAGAAAUUGGCAGCAGAGAAAGGAAUUGAUCUUGCCCAAGUGAAAGGAACUGGACCAGAUGGUAGAAUCACAAAGAAGGAUGUGGAGUCAUUUGUGCCACCAAAGGUUGCUCCAGCCCCAGCACCAGAGGCAGCUCCUGCAGCUGCUGCUGUUGCAGCAGCACCAGUGGGGACCUUCACAGACAUCCCCAUCAGCAACAUCCGGAGGGUCAUUGCCCAGAGGCUGAUGCAGUCCAAACAAACAAUACCUCACUACUACCUUUCCAUUGAUGUAAAUAUGGGAGAAGUGCUGGUGCUAAGGAAAGAACUCAAUCAGGAGGUCUCGGAUAACAUUAAGCUUUCUGUCAAUGACUUCAUCAUUAAAGCUUCUGCUCUGGCCUGCUUGAAGGUGCCUGAGGCAAAUUCCUCCUGGAUGGACACAGUUAUUAGGCAAAACCACGUGGUGGAUGUCAGUGUUGCAGUCAGUACCCCUGCUGGGCUCAUCACUCCCAUCGUGUUCAAUGCACACAUCAAGGGCCUGGCUUCCAUCAGCAAGGAUGUGGUUUCUUUGGCAGCUAAAGCUCGGGAGGGGAAACUGCAGCCUCAUGAAUUCCAGGGUGGGACUUUUACCAUUUCCAAUUUGGGAAUGUAUGGGAUUAAGAAUUUCUCUGCCAUCAUCAAUCCACCUCAAGCCUGCAUCCUUGCAGUUGGCUCCUCAGAGAAGAGGCUGGUGCCAGCUGAUAAUGAGAAGGGAUUUGAUGUGGCCAGUGUGAUGUCUGUAACACUCAGCUGUGACCAUCGUGUUGUGGAUGGAGCAGUUGGAGCCCAGUGGCUUGCUGAGUUCAAGAGUUUCCUUGAGAAGCCUGUAACCAUGCUGCUAUAA